AUGUUGUCUGCUCCCGUGAAAUCGGCCAAGCGGAUAUCUUCGCUCUUUUCCCUGGGGUCGAAUAGAGAUUCUUCAAUUCCGUCCUCGCCUAGUUCUCCGAAUCCCAACAGUUUCUCGCGAUCCUCCCCCGACCAGCAGGCUCAGGAUAGACGUCGAAGCACUUCCCGACCGACUCGUCUUUCUUCGGCCCCCUAUGUCGACACCUCAGAGCCGGUUCCCGCCCUGUCACCGAAUCCCAACGACAACUACGACCUCGAUACUCCCCUGCAGCCUCCUCCCUCCCUUCUCGCUGUAAACCAGGACCUCGCCAACAGCGCUCCCAGCUCCCCCGACAGUGGACGGCCCCAGAGCCGUGGCCGCCUCAGGAGCUCGAGCCGACCCAACAGUUCCGCGGGGUUGUUUGUUCCCGGGUCGGGACCCGACUCGCGACCCGGAACCCCCUCCUCGAAAAGACGCAGCUGGCUUCCGGGACGACAGCGCGCCAGUUCCGUCGAUACCAGACAGGCGAGCACCAGCCUGCCGAGUGCUUGGAUUGCCGGGCUGGAUCAGAAGAUUCUAUACGAUCUUGAACCCCUGUCGAAAGGCGAACAGAUCCCCGAAUUGUGGAAUGAGAAUGGCGACACCUACGUUUACCUCUUCCCUCAAAAUACCGGCCGAUCCGCUUCCUUCAAGCUUCACUCCAAUGUCUUUGCCGAAUCGCCGUCGCUCAACUUCCUGGCCCGGGGAUCGGAUCCCCGUUCUCCCAGGACCCUGGAGGAACAAGCCCAGUCCCUGUCGCUCGGAAGCCCCGUGAUUGGUUCUCAGUCGCCCCCGAUGUCCCCUCAAGACCAAGAGCAGCUGCCCGAAAACGACAAUGACAGUACUGGUAGUAGAAGAAUGGCCUUUGUGGAUGACGAAGGACAAGACGAACUCCAGGAGCUUCACCUGUAUCUGCCGAUUCCCCUGAACUGCGACGUGUCCAACCCCAUUACGCGCCUUUCGCAAGAGGACACGGAGACGCUUCUUCUCUUCCGCAACUUGUUCGCCUUCCUGUUAGGACAGUCCCUCAUCGCCACUCCGAAAUCCCCAUCGCUCUUUUCGAUCUUCAUGGACGUUGCCGGACUACUCUCCCGUUUCGAGUUCUCCAACUUCGACGGGUCCAAUUUUGGCGAGACAGUAACCACUAGCUUCGGUAACUACUGCGACGAAUUGCACCUUGCCGAUGUGCGUAAAAGCCGAGAGAAGACCCUCGAAGCCAUCGUCCUAGGAGAGCGACUGCGGUUCUUCCCGCUCUACCUGGAAGGCUUUGUACAUGGUGUAGGCAAACUGGACGAACUCAAGCAGCUGCGAAGCCCCAAGUAUGGCCUUAUUAGCCCCGUGAGUCAGAAGCGGAUGGAGCGAGGUUUCAUCGACCUCGACACGCGUCUCCGGGUGCUGUACAGCAAGCUCGACGACUUCGAUUUCCCGUCGGUCUUCUCCGGUUUUGCCAACUCGGCCACCUCGGUCGAAAGCAAGGUCAUCCGAUUCAAGGCGUGGAAGGCUGCGUUUAUGGAAUUCCGUCGCUUCGUCAUGCAGUACUACCGACAGCGGUUCGGCUCCUGGCCGCCCAAGGCGCGGUCCAAGAAGAACCAGUUCGAAGAAAGUGGUCUCAACCGCCAGGUCCUGCUGGAGCUGUACAAUGACUUUGCCAACCUCUACGACAUGCUGGUGGAUCGCACUGCCCUGACGACCCGAACCCUGGACAUGGCCGCUUCCGAAGAAACGGAGGCCUCCGACCAGGACGAAGUGACGCACCGGGCGCUCCGUCACGUCAUGAGCGAGUACGAUCGAAGCACGCCUCCCGUCCAGCCGCCGAUCCCCUUCGAUAUCCCCCAGAUGCCCGACCUGCAAUCCAUCCACCGGAAGCCCCUGGAUGCCAAGAAGGAAGCCAAGCUGAAGCCGAAGAAGCUCAAGGAUGCCGACAUCAAUGCCGUUCUGAUGGGCUCCUACACCCGCGAGAGUUUGCGACCGACGCCGUUCAUCGAGGCCUUCAUGCAGUUUGAACGACGACAGGCGCACGGCAAGAACAUCAUGGACAUUCAGGAUCUUCGCUGUGGACAGUGGAUCUUGCUUUAUUGCAUUAUCCAAGCCCUGCCGUUGCUCAUCGUGGAUGUCCAGGACAUCAAGUACAACGAGGGGGUGGAAUACUUCCUCUGUAUCGCUCCUCGCGGCGGUGCGCCCUGGACUCACAACGACGGCAAGACGGCACGCAGCUGGUUCGGUGUGGCCGGCGGAGCGGGUGUCGUCAGUCUGCCCUCCGACGUUGUCAUCAACGGUGUCGAGGGUAUCUACCGUCGUAGUCACUGCUGGCGGGUUGCCGAGCAAUGGGCGGAGAAGGAUGCCAUUUUGGCGCCGCCGACCAUCGAGGAUCCCUACGAUAACGAGUCGUCGUUGUCCUCUCCCUACCAGGGCCAGCACUCGUCGGCCGGCUCGUCCUCCGAGCAACAGCAACAGCAACAACAACCGGGUCAACUCCCGGGACCUCCGACGCCUCUUUUGUCUCCUGGCGGUGGUCUCACGCCACCCCCAGCCAUUCCUCGCCAGCACUCCCCGGCUGCCAGCCGUCGUGCCGAAUCGCAUCGCAUGUCCAUCGCCCCGGGACUCGAAGCCUUGCCACUCCCCGCCGGUGUCGCUCCGAUUGACCCUCCUACGAGACCGAUCAGUCGGUUGAACCCCAACAUGAGUUUCGACGAUAUUCUCAAGCAGGUUCCCAACCAGAAGGGCCGAAAAUAA